AUGAGGGAUUGGGGAAAUAGAUCUGAAACUGCCCAGCAUCCACCUCGUCCAGCAGCAGACGGGAAUAUUUCUGACGAACCGUACUGGUCAUAUGAACUUGAUAAUGAUGACGAUAAUUUUCCCUUCUCCAGGAAAAUUCGCACAUUUUCGAUGCCUCAUAACUUUGUCCCUUCUAAGAUUUCCAAGGCAUUUAAUCUAACUCUAGGUGGAGCUGCUGAAGUAUGGUACAGUAGAUUGGCACCACAUAGUAUAAGAAGUUGGCCAGACCUGAAAAAGGCAUUCCUAAACCAGUAUCCUUCUAGGAAAGAGGGAGAGGUGCGAAUUCAACUCCUGCAAGACAUGAGGCAAGCAGCAGGAGAGACCCAAAAGAGCUACCUUGCUCGCUUUUCUGAUGAAAAAACCUACUGUGAACAAGUUACAGACAAGGAGGCCCUUUCGGCCAUGAAAGGAGGAUUGAACAUGAAUACUUUGUUCUGGAGAGAUGUCUGA